AUGGCUUCAGAGUCACCUCAAGUGGAAAUAUCACCGCCGCAAACGGAUCCUCGCGAUCAGUCCAUCGGUGCGUCUGAUUCCAACAAGAGAAAGGCGGAACAAGGCAACGGAACGCAGGCGCGCACAAAGCGGAAUCGCUACAUUUCCAUUGCAUGCAAUGAAUGCAAGCGGCGCAAGAUCAAGUGCAAUGGCCAGAUGCCUUGUCAACGGUGUGGUCACCUGAAUCUAGAAUGUCGCUAUGCACCUAAUUGUUGUAAUAACAACUUCAAAGACUCGGAUGAGUUCCGGUCAAUGACAGAACAGAUCACUACUUUACAAGACCAAGUCAACAGCUUGUUCACCAAUCUCAAUGACCUUCGUACCCAAAGACCAACCUUUGAUUCACCAGGGUUUGAACACCUCUCUCGCGACGGGUCUCAAUCGGUCUACACUCCAAUUCAAGCCGGGCUAGCGAAGCCACGAGCCCGCCACCCACGCUUUCAUGGUCCAACAAGCUCGGCCUUCAACUUUGACGUGGCCAAAUCUAGCUUGCAAAAUAUGGGUAUCACACCAGCGGAAGACGCAAUCCCAGACGACUUGACCACCGCACAUGUUUCUCCAACAGGCUCACCUCCUCCCCACCUGGGACAGAUUCUUCAAACCACACACCCUACCAAGGAUCCAAUAUGGACAAUCUCGCGCGAAGAGGCAAUGCGUCUUUGUAAGGUUUACGAGGAAGAGAUUGGGAUUAUGUAUCCUGUGGUGGAUAUCGCCAAGGUUAUCAGCCAGGCUAAUCUGCUCUACACGUUCAUAGAGGCUGCUACCAGGACAGGCUUUGCACAACGGGGGUUUCCGGGCUCUGAUGGUCUUCACGACGAAAGCUCAAUAAUUUUGAAGUUGAUUCUCGCCACCACGCUGGUCGUGGAGGGGGGCGGUCAAAGUGAACUUGGGCACCGGCUCUACUUGGAUGUUAAGCCAUUUGUAGAAUCGAAGUUGUGGGAGUCUCAUACCAUCAAAACUAUUCAGCUCUUUGCUAUUGUGGCUACAUACCAUUACCAUACAGACGAUGAUGCCAUGGCUUAUCGACUUAUUGGAUUGGCGGCACGGAUGUGCUUAGAGAUGGGAUUGCAUCGUCGGGAUGCUAUGGUGAAAUCAUUCCCAGUUGAGCAGCAGUGGAACGAGAUCACUCAGCUAUUCUGGUCAGUCUACAGCUUGGACAGACGAUGGAGUUUAGGGACGGGAUUACCUUUCGUGAUUCAAGACGAGGAUAUUGAUCCGAACUUACCAGAACCUGAUGCAUCGCUGCCUUACUUGCGCUGCAUGGUUCUAUAUAACCGGAUCAGCUCUAAGAUCUGGUACUCUGGUUUGGGAUCCGAAGGCACCACUGAUAUCCGUCGUGAUGAGAUCGGAUAUCUGGAUUAUCAAAUCCUCCAGUGGUACAAGCAAGUUCCAGACGAGCUCAAGUUCUAUCCCGUCGAUUCCCCCAAAAACGGCGAAAACGUGAGCAGAGGCAUGAGGCGACUUAGGGUUCUCUUGUACCUACGGAUGAACCAGCUGCGCAUCCUGAUCUAUCGCCCCGUGCUCCAUUCUGCUGCCAGUAUUGCCGAAGAUCGAGGCCAUGCCCAGACUGUUGUGGAGGUAGCCAAAGACUCGGUCCGUGUCCUCACUCGCCUGAACCAGAUGUCCGAUAUCUACCGGACACAGCAAAUAACGUUCAACUAUUUCCUGGUUGCUGCAUUGGCGGUGCUGUUCCUAGCAGUGUCCCAUGCCCCAGUCGAAUUCAACCGACAGGUCCGUGAUGAAUUCUACAUGGCGCUCGACCUGGUCAACGGGUUCAGUACCAAGUCCUACGUCUCCAAGCGGUUAUGGAAGACAAUCAAAGGUUUACGCAAGAUCGGGGAGAAACUUGGCGUUCUCGCCCGUCCUUUUGGACCGGAUUCAAGUGAUGCUCAUUCAAGCGCUGCGGUAGCCAUGGCUGGACUCGCGGGGCAUCCAAUCCAGGACCUGUCUAUGUACGGGUCCAUGAACGGUGGGAACGAACUUGGAAAUAGUCCUCUCAAUGGAGUCCAAAUGAGUCAAGAGUUGACAAAUCUGUUUGAGGCUGUUGGCGCUUUUGGUAAUUUCAUGCCUAACACUUCUAGUGAUGGUAUUGGCGGCUUCGUUGGGCCGGAUGGGGAAAUUCCGAACACCGGUGAAGGUUUAUCGGGGGUUCUGGGUGAUGAGGGAGAGUUUGCUCGAGUCAUUCGGGACUUGUUUUGA